GUCAGGGGUGGGGUCCCCCCUUAAUAGUUCAUAGUAACUUCCUACCAGGUCGGACUGUCCGUUUGGGAGAGCCACCGUUAUUAAAUAUUCCAGCAUUAUGAUACCAAAUUUGUCUGGUAGUUCGACAACGUUAUUGCUUGAAGCUUCUCAGCAGGAUGUGUCGCAUAAGAAAUCAGUGGGAGAAAAGACCUUGAAGCAAAAACUGUUAACUCAAACGAUACAAAACUCGCAGCCUAAGUACGAGUGGAAGAUCGUCUGGAGAAACGUGAUAUCUCUUGCUUACCUUCAUAUCGUUGCACUUUAUGCACUGUAUCUUAUAAUAACAAUGGAGAUCAAACCUCUCACGGUCAUUUGGUGUUAUGCAUUGGGUAUUCUUACAUCUAUAGGUGUUACAGCAGGUGCCCACAGAUUGUGGUGUCAUCGAGCUUAUAAAGCGAAAUGGCCGAUGAGAGUUAUUCUUAUGAUUCUACAGACCUGUGCUUUCCAAGUAAGUUUGUCGGCAUGCUGUUAUACAAACUUAUUCAUGUGUGUUAAGAAAGGUAUCAAUCAGUAUUACAAAAAUUAA